AUGCUCUUAUAAUUGGAAAUAUUCUUAGAUAAAAGUUUAAAACGAAGAAUAUCUAAACGAAUUUUUUUUAAUUAUAAAUCCUAUUUUAAAGAAAGAUUAUAAAUUUUUUAUAAAAAUAUUUAAAUUUUUAUAAACUUAAAUAUAUUAUAAUAAUUAAUUACAAUUGUGUAUUUUAAAUCAUAUAAUACGAAGCAUCAUAAGCGCUAAUAUUUCCCUUAUGAUUUGGAUUUUAUAUAUAAUAAAAUUUUGAUAUUGUAAAAUGAGUAAAAUUGUAAGGCAACGCGUUAGCAUGCAUGA